AUGUCGCGUGCUUUUCCCUUUACUGUCUUGUUUCUGGCAGUGGCGGCUAGAGCAGUCGUGAGCCCGGGUACAUUGAAUUCCGACAUAUCGAUUCUUAUUCACAAUGACUUGUUGGAAAGUUCUAGCCCCCAUGCUGGGUCCGGUAUGCUCUUACUGGAUGCGAUGCCGCUGCAGCAAGCCAUGAACAGUUGCAACAGCCUUGGAGAGUCACUGUGGGAUUCAAAUUCAGGAUUCGAAAACAUCCAAAGUGAUUUGGACUAUAUUGUCUUGCAGGAGAGAUACAAACAUGACCAGAGAUACUGGAUUGCUCCUGUUCGUGGUACACCGUCCAGCGUGGAUGUGAGCGGCCAUGUGAGGAAAGCCUCUGCAAAUGAGCGUCUGCCAGUGCUAUGUACACAGACUGCUCCUUACUCUACGCCCGAUAUCAAGGAUACAAACACCACUUGGCAGGUCACGGUCAACUCAAACAAUCAGUACCUCACUGGUUUCCGUGAUCGGUCUACCUUUCGCUUCUUUGGCAUCCGGUAUGCCAAACAGCCAAAGCGAUGGACCUACUCCAAAUCAUAUGAAGGACGCGGCGAUCAUGCCUCUGCUCUUGACUUCGGUUCUGAGUGUGUACAGGGCUCGGAUGGUUCAGAAGAUUGCCAUUUUCUCAACGUCUGGACCCCAUAUCUCCCCAACCCAAAGGCGAACCCCCGCGAUAAACUGAAGCCAGUGAUGUUCUGGAUUCACGGUGGUGCAUUCACUAGUGGUACAGGUAGUGAUUCUACCUUUGACGGAGGCAAUCUUGGGUCUCGGGGCGACGUGGUCGUUGUCACUAUCAAUUACCGACUGGGCACCUUGGGUUUCUUAGCUUUGAAUGACGGUAUCACUAAGGGAAAUUACGGAUUAGCAGACCAAAUUACCGCACUUGAGUGGGUUCGUCGGAAUAUCCAGGAUUUCGGUGGUGAUCCAGAUCGAAUUACCAUUUUCGGUCAAUCGGCAGGAGCGGGAUCAGUGCGGGCAUUGCUGGCAUCGCCCAAAGCUCGAGGCAAGUUUGCAGCUGCUAUUAUGCAAAGCAAUCUCGGAGGCCUGGCAUAUGGAACAACAUACUCAAAGUACUACACCAUUGAGCAGGAGGUGGAAGUUGUUGGAAAUGCCAUUCUGAAGGAAGCAAAUUGCGUGCAUGCUAGUUCACAGCUUGACUGUCUACGAGCCCUUCCUGCUACAACUAUCUCCACGCUCAGCGAUUCAGCUCGCUACCUUGUGGUGGAUGGAGAAUACCUCCAAAGCUCUGAACUGGAUCUGACAAGUCGAGAGUCUACUGCGAGUGUACCUCUGAUGCUAGGCACAACGAGAGAUGACGGUGCAGCCAUGAUUGGCUAUCCCAAAGCAGGAGAAACAAUCAAUCAGUUCCUGAACGAAUCCGGCCUGCCAUCAACAAUAGCCCCGAGUCAAUCAUACCCGGUACCGUCGGGCUCUAACCAGACACUGGACAUCUUCAACACAACGGCGCGAGUAGCUACUGACGGAAUGUUCCGCUGCGUCGAUCAAGCAACCGCAUACGCCGGAUUCAACAACCACAUAUUCCCAGAAGUAUUCUUCUACGAGUUCAACCGUACCUACCAGAUGCCCGGCUGGUCACCGAAUCCUCCUCUGUGCGAAGCACCAAAGACAGCUGACUAUCCCAACGGUGAUCCAAGCAAAGAAUACUUCAAGUGUCACUCUGGAGAACUCUAUUACGUGUUUGGAAAUGUGGUACGCCAGGGCCUUGCACUGAGAGAUGGAUAUGAUCUGCCCUUCCAGCAGUUUGUGCUGGACUCUUGGGCUAGUUUUGCUCGGACGUUCAAUCCGACGCCGGAUGCGAAGUAUACGAAAGCAAGGGGGUAUGUCAAUACUACUCGACAGGUUGAGGUGGCUGGAUCGUGGACUCCUUUUAAGAACGGUAGCUAUAAGCUCCGGCGCUUGCAGUGGCCGUCUUCUAUGGUGGAUUUGGAUGAGACUGAGCAGUGUCGCACGUUGAAUCUGCCUCUGACUUAUUACGAUUAA